CAGAUCGUCACGUCACGUGUUAUCAUCCUGGAGUCAUGUGACUCCCCUGUACGGAAGAAGGAAAGAUGGCGGCUUAUCUGCAGUGGCGGCGCUUUAUUUUCUUCGAGAAAGAGUCCGUACGGCUGCCCGGGGAGGGAGGGAAGCCCCUGACCCUGCCGCCAGGGCUCACCGUCUGCGACUCCGGCCGGGGCAGCCUGCUCUUCGGGGAUAUGACAGGACAAAUCUGGUUCCUCCCUCGUUCCCUUCAGCUCAACUCAUUCCAGGCUUACAAACUACGUGUCACCCACCUUCAUCAACUUAAACAGCACAAUAUCCUUGUUUCUGUAGGAGAGGAUGAGGAGGGUGUGAAUCCUGUGGUGAAGGUUUGGAACUUGGAGAAGCGGGAUGGGGGUACCCCACUAUGCACUAGAAUCUUUCCUGCCAUUCCUGGCAAUAAGCCCACUGUAGUAUCCUGCAUCACUGUUCAUGAAAACCUCAACUUCAUGGCUAUUGGAUUUGCAGAUGGAAGUGUUGUCUUAACGAAGGGCGAUAUAACUCGUGACAGGCAUAGUAAGACUCAGAUUCUGCAGGAGGGGAGUUAUCCCGUCACAGGCAUGGCCUUCAGGCAAACUGGCAAGACUACCCAUCUCUUUGUGGUCACAACAGAGAGUGUGCGGGCAUAUGAGCUGACCCAGAAGGAUUACCCAUACACAGAGUUGGAUUCUCACGGCUGCGGGCUGCGCUGCUCAGCCUUGACGGACCCAUCUCAAGACAUGCAGUUUGUAGUGGCGGGUAAUGAAUGUGUGUAUCUGUACCAGCCAGAUGAGAGAGGGCCCUGCUUUGCUUUUGAAGGGCAGAAGCUGAUUGUGCACUGGUAUCGGGGUUACCUGAUAAUUGUAUCAAGAGACAGAUCAGAUUUUGCUGGGCGUGCGGGAGAUGGCCAUGCAGCUGAUAGACAGACGCUGACUAUAUAUGACCUGGGAAACAAGUUUAUCGCAUACAGCUGUGUGCUGACAGAGGUGGUGGAUGUUUUGGCAGAGUGGGGAUCUCUCUAUGUGCUGACAAGGGACGGUCUCCUGCAUGCCUUACAUGAGAAGGACACACAGACCAAACUAGAGAUGCUCUUUAAGAAGAAUCUUUAUGUGAUGGCCAUUUCUCUGGCCAAGGGUCAGCAUCUGGACAGCGAUGGAUUAUCCGAGAUCUUCCGCCAGUACGGAGACCACUUAUACUGUAAAGGGGAUCAUGACGGGGCUAUCCAGCAGUAUAUCCGGACAAUUGGCAAGUUAGAGCCUUCCUAUGUCAUCCGGAAAUUUCUCGAUGCCCAGAGGAUACACAAUCUGACAGCAUACCUCCAAGCCCUGCAUCUUCAGUCUCUGGCCAACGCAGACCACACCACUCUCCUGCUGAACUGCUACACUAAGCUGAAGGACAGUGCCCACCUGGAGGAAUUCAUCAAGGCGAGUGAAGAUGAGGUACAUUUUGAUGUGGAAAUAGCAAUCAAGGUUCUUCGUCAGGCUGGAUACCAUUCCCAUGCCCUCUACUUGGCAGAGAAGCAUGCCCAUCAUGAAUGGUACUUGAAGAUUCAGCUGGAAGACAUUAAGAACUUCCAAGAAGCUCUAAGAUACAUUGGCCGCCUUCCAUUUCCUCAGGCUGAGAGUAAUAUGAAGUGUUAUGGGAAAAUCCUCAUGUCUCAUGUGCCCAAUGAAACAACCCAGCUAUUGAAUGAUCUGUGCACCAGCUUACCCCAGCAUGGAGAAGGGAAGCGGGCCAACCCUGAGGAGUUCAUCCCCAUUUUUGCUAACAAUCCCUGUGAACUGAAGACCUUUCUAGAGCAUAUGACACGUGUGCAGAGCGAUUCCCCACAGGGAGUGUAUGACACCUUGCUGGAGUUACGUUUACAGAACUGGGCACACGAGAAAGACCCGCAAGCAAAGCAGCAGCUCCAGAAUGACGCCAUGACUCUGCUGAAGAGCGGUCGCUUCAAGAACGUGUUUGACAAAGCGCUGGUCCUGUGCCAGAUGCACAACUUUCAGAAAGGAGUGCUGUAUCUGUAUGAGCAAGGCAAACUUUUCCAGCAGAUCAUGCAUUACCACAUGCAGAACGAUCAGUACCAGGAGGUGAUCGAGGCCUGCAAGCAGUAUGGGGAGCAAGAGAGCUGCCUGUGGGAGCAAGCACUUAGUUAUUUUGCUCGCAAGGAGGAAGACUGCAAAGAACACAUUGCCACAGUACUGAGGCAUAUUGAGAGCAAAAACCUUAUGCCUCCACUGUUGGUGGUGCAGACCCUGGCUCAUAACUCCACAGCCACGCUCUCGGUGAUCAGAGACUACCUGAUCAACAAAAUGCAGAAGCUGAGCCAGCAGACGGAGGAAGAUGAGAAGACAGUUAAUCAGUACAGGGAGGAUACGGCCCGCAUCCGGCGGGAGAUCCAUGAGCUGCGCAACAGCCCCAAAAUCUUCCAGAAGACUAAAUGCAGUAUCUGCAGCAGUUCCCUGGAGCUGCCCUCGGUGCACUUCCUGUGUGGCCACUCCUUCCACCAGCACUGCUUUGAGAGUUACGCAGAGAGCGACUCUGACUGCCCCACCUGCCUGCCUGAGAACCGCCAGGUGCUUGAUAUGAUCAGGGCACAGGAGGAAAAGAAGGAUCUGUAUGACCAAUUCCAGCACCAGAUAAAAUGCUCAAAUGAUGGGUUCAGCGUGGUCGCAGAGUACUUUGGCCGAGGUGUCUUCAACAAACUGACACUGAUAACGGAUGCCCCCACUGGAAGAAUGGGGACGGCGAAAGAUACCGGAUUACAGCGAGAGCUCCUGAUCAACACUAGGAGAAAUGUUUAAUCCAGACACAACGCUCACCAAGGAAGUCAAUAAUUGGAUAAUGGAAUAAGAAUCACAGGGAAAAGUCCAGUGAUCAGAUUUUAUUUCAUGAUGCAAACUGUGGGAUAAAGGUGUCUCUCCUAUUUCAGUCACAAGAAACUGGUUACUGUUGUUAAUCAGUCUGAUCUACAAUCCUCAUUAGAAGGAAGAGAUUUCCCAAUACUGCAUGUGAGAACGGGGUGGCCAUUGCUCUGUCGGCGUAACAUGUACAUACAGAAGUGUUAGACUAAGGUUUGGCAUUACAUUGCACCAGGGACGGAUCUAGACUUUUCUUUAGGGGGGGCGGUUUACGGUUUAAUCUUGACUCCUCCCUCUACAGUCCCAACUCCUCCCAUCUGCAAUCCUAACUACUCCUCUCUCAAUUCUGACUGAACUUUUUGAGUGAGACUGAGAUAGAGCUUUAUGAUUGUUCUAUGUACAUGUGACUGUGCUAUGGGGUAAUUGUAUUUAUUAGCCCUAGUACCCACACACCAGCAAGUGAGGGGCAAAUGCUCUGUAACCUUUUGCUCUCCUGGCUCCUCUGAGCUGCUGUGGUAUACGUUGCAGCACAUCGUUCUGCCUCAGGCUCUCCUGGGAGAGCUCUCUUCUGCUCAAAAGUGGGCGUGGCUAUGACUGUGUUAGGGGGGGGGGGGGCGGUCGCCCCCUUCGCCCCCCCCCCCCCCUAGAUCCGGCCCUGCAUUGCACAGCUGUUCUCUGGUCAGUAAAAGAUCUACUUCUGGUCUUUGUGUUCAUUACUAUUUACAGUGGGAUUCAUACGUUCAAUCCAGUCCGUUCUUUUUUGUGAACUGAAUUGCUGACUGUUUCUUUUACUGUACAGUAAAGAUAUUAAACUUCAAUUGAGUGCCAGAUAUAAUUAUAUUAAUAUAUUUUGGAUAGUCUUUAUUACAUGAUAUACUGCACAGAGAAGGAACCUUGUACGGUGGGAGGAGCAUAAGACCAGUGGGGGUGCCGCUAAGAGGUCGGGCACUGCAAGCUGCCCAGGCAUGACAUAUCGGAAAUCAGGAACGGCUGGCUGUAGGCUAUCAUGGCAAAUGUGAUUAUGGGGGAGGUUUAUCAAAACGUAGAGAUAAAGGGCACAAUUCAGGCCUGAUCGCUGUUGUGCGAAAUCGUACAGCAGCCGUUUAUCGAAUGACUGCGUAUGCACCACAAUGCGCAGGCGUGUCGCCAGACAGCGACAGGAUGGUGCGAAAAUUCAGAUCGCACGGGUGUUCGCAAGGUGACUGACAGGAAGCAGGCGUUUGUGGGUGGUAACUGGCUGUUUUCUGGGAGUGCCAGGAAAAACGCAGGUGUGCACAAGCGUUUUCAGGGUGGGUGUGUGACGUUAGCUCCGGACCCGAUCAGCCCGUUUGUAUCGCACUGUAGGAAUAAGUCCUGGGCUGCGUACAGACUGAAAAAGUCAUUUGAUGGUGAGUCAGUUGUGAACAGAUUUGCAGAUGUCCGCUGUCUGGCGGAAUUUUUGCACGCCGUACACAUGCAUUCUCACACUGUCACUGUCUAUGGGUGGCCGUUAUCUGAUCACAGACUGCUGCAAAAACGCACAGCAGCGAUCAGGUCUGAAUCGUGCCCCAAGUACUAACAAAUCAGAUUUUGUAAUUUUUCAAAUCUAGCCUGUAAAAUAAGUUGUAGCUGAUUGGUUAGUACUUUUUCUCUCUCCAUGGUUUGAUAAAUCUCCCCCUGUAUUUUAAUUUAAAUAUGUUUUCCAACAAAACAUACAGGGAUAUUGUACACAACCAGAAAAAACGUUCCAUGUUCUAAUGCAGAAUAAAGACUCUGUAAAUACUACCA